AUGUUUGAACAAAAGGACGCCGCUCUGAAAACCGCCGCCGCUCAGAGAAUUUCCUUUUCAGUUCUGGACAUUUUGGACCCUCACAAGUUCACAUGUAAAAAGCUAGACGGCACAGCCAACAGCGAGACGCCUUUUCGAAGCUCAGAGUUUGAAAACAUGUCCAGUUCACCCUCUGGCACAAAUAUUCCUUCUCCAACUGAGUCUUUACUCAUCAGUCAUAAUUCAGGAGAUGUUGGAAUAUUAACAGGUGUGUGCACAGAGGAAGAGCAGUGCAGCUCGCCGCUCACACCUGAUGUGGAGACGACCACCGCCCUUGGAGACACACACUCUCGUCUCUCAUGUCCCAAAGACCCGGAUGAGGCGGACGGCGAUGAAGACAGCAGUAGUAUUAAAUGUGUUGCAGACGCACCGAGCACGGAGGAUCCCGCGCGCCGCCGCCGCCGGUCCCGGUCGGAUCACGGGAGCGCGCGCCCCCGACGCGCCCGAACCGCGUUCACCUACGAGCAGCUGGUGGCGCUGGAGAACAAGUUCCGCACAACGCGCUACCUGUCCGUGUGCGAGAGACUGAACCUGGCGCUGGCGCUCAGCCUGACAGAGACCCAGGUGAAGAUCUGGUUUCAGAACCGCAGAACAAAAUGGAAGAAACAAAACCCAGGGGCUGCAGACAGCAUCCUGCAACCUCCGAGCUCGAGCGUGAGUCCGGCUGCGGGACUGUGCGGCUCAGUCGUGGCGGGAUUUCACGCUUUCCCGCCUUUCAGCACUGGAAAUGGGAUGUUCCACUCUUCCAGUGCUGUACCAUUAUCAUCCACUGGUACGCUCCUGCGUCCGUUUUUUUCUAGCGGCUACCUUCAACCCACCUUCUUCCAGCCUCAUUUAUAA